CGCCUAUCUCGACGGCGGAUCGCCCCCGCCCCUCCGGCAUGUGCUCCGACAAAGACGAGCUGCUGGACGCCGCCGCCGCCGACGACGACGACGCCGAGUACUACUACUGUAGCGACGGGGAGUGUGGCAGCGGCGGCGGCGGCGGGAGCGACGAGGGCCGCGACGAGCUCGUUUCCGGGCGCGACCAGAGAUAUGUUGUGUUAACCGAAAAAGAUAUACACGAGCGACAAGAGGAAAUGAUAAGCCGCGUCUCUGCCAUAUUUUCGGUUCCAAGGGAAUCAGCAUGCGUCCUCCUUUGCUGCUACAAAUGGAGUAUUAGCAAGUUAAGUGAUGACUGGUUUGCAGAUGAAGAAAAUGUCCGCCACUCUGUUGGCUUACCAACAAAUGUUGUUUGUGUUCCUGAUUGUCCUAAGCUAACUUGUGGAAUAUGUUUUGAAGGAUAUGCUGCAAAUGCAAUGAGCUGUGCUGGUUGUCCUCAUUUCUAUUGUCAUGAAUGUUGGGAAGGGUAUAUUAGUGCCGCAAUAAAUGAUGGUCCAGGGUGUUUGGUGUUGCAGUGCCCCGAGCCAUCUUGUGAUGCAAUUGUUCUUGAAGACAUGAUUAAUAGUCUGACGAAAAAUGAGGAUAAAGUGAAGUAUGCACGAUUUGUAUUAUGGUCAUAUAUUGAAGGUAACAAGAAGAUAAAAUGGUGUCCAGCUCCUGAUUGUACCUAUGCGGUUGAGUUUCUUGGUGAUAGGAACUAUGAUAUCUCAUGCAAAUGCAAAUUCAGUUUCUGCUGGAAUCCUCUGGUAAAAAAAAUGCAGUGUGGAGAGGAUGCUCAUCGGCCAGUUAGCUGUGACACAGUCUCAAAGUGGAUACUAAAGAACAGUGCGGAAUCUGAAAACAUGAAUUGGAUACUAGCUAAUUCUAAGCCCUGUCCAAAAUGCAAACGACCUAUAGAGAAGAAUCAGGGAUGCAUGCAUAUGACAUGCAGUCCUCCUUGUAAAUUCGAGUUUUGCUGGUUAUGCCUAGGUGAAUGGUCAGGUCAUGGACAAAGUACUGGUGGCUUUUAUACCUGCAAUCGUUAUAAAUCAGCAAAGAAAGAAGGCUUGUAUGAUGAGGCUGAAGCAAGGGGAGAGAGAGCUAAAAACUCACCUGAGAGAUACAUGCACUAUUAUGAACGCUGGGCAUCCAAUCAAACAUCAAGGCAGAAAGCACAAGCAGAUCUGCAAAAAGUUGAAAAUGGAGAUCUUUCAAAGUUAAGUUAUGUACUUGGUAUACCAGAGACCCAACUAAAGUUCAUACCUGAAGCUUGGUCACAGAUUAUUGAAUGCAGACGAGUGCUGAAAUGGACUUAUGCUUAUGGGUACUAUCUACACAACAAAGCAAAGAGUGAUUUUUUUGUGUACCUCCAAGGUGAAGCUGAGUCUGAAUUGGAGCGUCUCCAUAAUUGUGCAGAGAAUGAAAUGCGUGCAUUUUUACCUAAAAAGGGUAAAAAGGAAAACAAUGAGAAUGAAUCUUCUCGUUCAUUGCAAGACUUCAUUGAAUUUCGUGUGAAGCUUUGUGGUCUAACAAGUGUAACCCGUAACUACUUUGAGAACCUUGUUCAAGCACUGGAAGCGGGCCUGGAGGAUGUCGAGGCUACAGGCCAACCAGCUUCAGUCAGUACCUCCAGCUCCGCGAAACCACCCGCCAAAGGGAAGCUAGGACAGAAUAAGGUGGCAAGAACAUCAUCGGAAGACCCAGAUGGCAGAUAGGCCUGUGGCCGCUGCACUUUCAUCAACCCAUCCUCGUCAGUUAGAUGCGACAUCUGCGGCAGUCGGCAGAGAUAGAUAGGUCGAUGCAGUUGUGCAAAGGGAUCUUCUCACUGGAAUUCUGGUCAACCAUGGUGCUUAUUUGGCCGAACACUGGUGCUGUGAACAUAUGAAUUAGACGCUCCCAAAGGAUUCGAAAUGGUGCUCACAGGAGAUGUUAUAUUGUCAGAAAUGCACAGUUUCAGAAAUGCAGUGCAAGAUGUUGGGACGAAGUUGGGUAAUAUACAUAAUACAUGCGUGUUGUUAGCUGUAAAUAUUACUUCAGGAAGAAACUUAGGGAAGUACCAUCGAGGAAAAUGGUGCUCACAGGAAUGUUAUAUGCUUGUCAGAAAUGCACAAUACAUGUAUAGACUUGUCAGCAUUAUGCUCUCAGAGCAUUGCUAAAAUUUCGAGUUUCGCAAUUUUCCUUCAGUUUUAAUGUGUAAAAACUGCAAACUGUUGCCCUCUGUUGAAUGCUGAACAAAACCAUGACGAGGCAGUGA